AUGAAAGAAGAAGUGUCGUACUUUAAACUCUGUGAGCUUUGCAAUGACCAAGCCGCUCUGUUUUGUACCUCUGAUUCAGCUUUUCUGUGUUUCCAUUGUGAUGCCAAAGUUCAUCAGGCUAACUUCCUUGUUGCUCGCCAUCUUCGUUUUACUCUUUGCUCCCACUGCAAUUCCAUUACAAAAAAUCGUUUCUUCCCCUGUUCUCAUAGUCUUGACUCCAACGCUCUUUGUUCCUCCUGCACCCGCAAUUUCUUUGGUAAUGACUCCGAUCUCCAUUCUCUUUCCUACUCCUCGUCGUCUACUUGUGUUUCCAGCACGCAUUCCUGCGCUAUUACUCAAAAGAAGAUAAAUUUCUCCGAUCGAAAGUUGGUGGAUUCCUCGAACUCUGCAAACGAUUAUUCCGGCGAAGUGAUCAAUUCUGCGACGGCGUGCCUUAAAUAUGAAGCGCGAUCCAGAAAUGUGAAAUUGAGAGAUCCGAGGGCGGCGACUGGCGUGUUCAUGCAUUGGUGCACGAAGCUUGGAAUGUGCGGUGAGGAAGGUGCAGUAGUACUGCAGACGGCGUGUGGUGCAUUGGGCAUUUGUUUGGGUCGAUUUAGGGUUUUGCCUUUGCGGGUUAGCCUGGUGGCGUCUUUGUGGUUUGGUUUGAAAAGUAGUGGCGACAGAUCGAAAUCCAUGCGGCGGUAUUUGAAGAGACUGGAGGAGAUCUCGGGUGUGCCGGCGAAGCUAAUAUUAGCCUACGAAUUGAAGCUUCGACAAAUCAUGAAAGCCGAUAAGCAACGACGACGUCAAGGAAUGGAGGAAAGCUGGGGCGAAUCAUCGGCUUGA